GGAGGCGGCGCUCUCAACACCGCACUCCUAACCACUCCUCCAAACACACCUCCCCCUACAACGACCAGCCCAAUUAACGAACGCAUAUCUCCCCAAUUCGAAGCGAGUGUGAUGGUAUCCAAAAACCAAAGAAACGAGCAAAUGUAUGAGCGUGAAGCUUCAAAGAAUUCGUUUUCGCGCUAUGAAGCCAUGUCUGCGUGAUUUCGCAAUCCCUUCGCAACGGGGUGGCCACAACCGCGCACUUUUAACAGCAGCCAUGCCCAGGACCCAGGACCACACACGCUCCACCGACGAUCCUGUGGCCACAAUCCACCACAGCCCACCGGCCCUCCAGCCCCCAUCCGGCAACUUCUGCAGCCGAUCCCCCGCCGAUCAGGGUCCCGCUUCCAACAUGGCAUUCUGCCGCUUUUCCUGCCUUUGCCCCUCUCCAGCCACACGUCAGCAUCGCAAUCUGUCGAAUCGCACCAUGGCAUUUUUGCAAUCCUGGUCUUGCUACGCGUGCUGGUUGGUGCGGCUCCGUCGGUGUCGUGUCGGAACGUGUCGCUUCGAGCAAGCGAGAGCACCGCCACAUGUCGCCACUGCCUUGCGGCUUGCGGCUGCGUCUGCAGAUGAGAUUCUGGAUCUUGGUGCUGUUCGUUUGGAAAGUGCCGGGCUGCUGUGAGUGGUUGGAAUGCGAGGUAGAGCGUCAGUGUGAUGCAGGUGGUCCUGCAUGAGUGGAGGGUAUUUUUGGAAGGGCCAAUUAUGUGGCUGGGGGUUUUUGGAGAGGGUUUGGUGUCGAUGCUGCGCGUGCGAGUGCGCGGCUCCGAGGAAUACCUACGGUAAUCUGGGGAAAUUGCUGCUUUG